AUGGGCAGACGUAAGAUCGAGAUUAAACCGAUCCGCGACGACCGCAACCGCAGCGUCACCUUCCUCAAGCGCAAAGGCGGUCUCUUCAAGAAGGCGCACGAACUCUCCGUCCUCUGCUCCGUCGAUGUCGCCGUCAUCAUCUUUGGCCACAACAAGAAGCUGUACGAAUACUCGUCGUCGGAUAUCAACGAUAUAGUCGGGAGGUUCCAAUACUAUGGCGGCGCGCACGAACACAAGGGACCACAGGACUUUGCGGAUAAGCAUGCAGGCGCGCACGAUGAUGAUGAAGAUGAUGAAGACGGAGCGCACGAAGCUGGCGAGGACAGCGGCACACCGCAACCCGAUCACACCAUGAUGCACCCACAGAUGGCCAAUCAUCCUGCCUUCCAACAUGUACGGCACGGCACACCUCAGGGCUCGCCUCCAAUGCACAAUGGCGGCAUGCCACAUUUCACCCGCGGUCCGUCUCCUCUGCCGCCAGGCAUGUCGCCCCCAUCAUCGCGCAACGCAGUGCAUCCUGCCCAGCAACACAUCCGCCGAACGAGCUCGAAUCUAGUGCCUCAAGGUCCGCCACAACAGCCCAACUAUGCUUAUACGCCCAAUCCACCCUUCUACAAUCCGCAGGCAGCGGCAGCGGCGCAAGCACACAUGGCGCAAAGAGUCCAGCACGGGCAGACGUAUCCUCCACCAUAUCCACCACCUGUACCUCAGCAUCCGCAACAUCCACACAUCCAGCAAGCAUACAUGCAGGACGACCGCACAUCAUCAAUGCCGCCAAACUACCCACCGCAACCUCCACCGCAAGCGAACAUGCAACGCCAUCAGUCUUCCGAGAACCUGCAAGUCCCUGGCCAACAAGGACAUGCUUCGCCGCAACCUGGACAGCAACGACAUACACCCUCGCCUCAGCCGCCGCCGCAGCAGCACGAGUUCCAAAGUCCGCAGAUGCCACAACCGCGCCCACUACCGGCUCACGCCAGAUCUCACAGCAUAUUCACGCCCAUCGAUGAUACUAGGUCUCUUUUAGCACAACACUGGGGUGCUACCAGCAACGCAGAGGUGCCCCGGCCAGAUCCUGAUCCUGAAAUCAAGAUUGAAGGUGGCGGGCCACGAUCUGCGUCGAUAGAUGUAGCACAGAUGCAGCGAGAGAACCAAGCGCGAGCGAAUGGAAUGUCUCCGCGGCCGUCACACCAAAUGCCUCCGCCUACGAAGUCACCACAACCACCGCAAAGAACAGCAAGCACGCCGAACGUACCGCCUCCUGGACGCAUGAACAAUAACCAGUCUGAACCUAAGAGACCUCGGCUAAAGGUGCAGAUUCCUCAAGGAGCAUCUGAUGAUGAGGCUGGGACAGCAGAAUCGGGCCAAGGUGAUGAUUCGAACACAUCUGGAGUCGGUCAGCCGCCUACGACGCAGCAGCAGGGACAACCAUCCCAUGGAGUGGUUCUACCUCCGCCUUCACCUAGCGCUGGCGCUUUACUAUCAGCCGGAGCCCAGGGCCCACCGAAUCCAUUCGCACGACCCGCGCCUCCGAUGAGCACGAAUCCUCACGCUGCGAAUCGAGAUGCUGCUCUCAAUACCAUUGAGACGCCGAUAUCUGCACUUCCCAGCCGCUUCAUGAACAACGACCUGCUAUCGAGUCCGUCUUCGUUCUACCCUGAGUGGGGCUUUGGGAGGUCAGGUGCCGAUAAUAUGCUACCCUCACCUCUCAACUUCACGACGCCUGUGGUCAGUAAUGGACAAGGGUGGCAGCGGACGGAAGAGGAACGGAAAAGAGGCAGUGAGGACCAGGAAGGCGGUGAUCAGAAGAGGGUGAAGCAAUAG